CCUCAAAACAAAAUAAUGAAAUUGAACAUGUUACGUUUGUUUUGAUUCAGAGUUAUUUUAUUCAGUUGAUUUUAUUGUCGAAUUUCAAUUCGUAGAAAUGAGUAGCAGCGAGAGCGAAGAUAAUUAUGAUAACUCCGAGAAAACUGAAGAUCUCGACGGCGGGGAACGAACUGCUAUUAGGUCCGAGUUAUCGACUUUAUCAUUCGAGGAACUACAAAAGUUAAAGGAAAAAAUUGGAGCCAAAGUGUACAAGGAAGCCAUAUUUGGAAAAAAUGAUGGCAAGAUUGAAUCCGUAAAACCGAAGGUGUUUAAAAGGGAAAAUAAAAACAGACCGAGAGAAAUGAGCUCCAAAAAGCCUGUGUCGAUGAUGAUUGACGUGCCAAAAGUGAGGAAAAAGGAAAUUCGUGAUCCCAGAUUCGAUUCUCUCUGUGGAGAAUUCAACAAGAAGCAGUUUGCCGAUGACUACAAUUUCCUAACAGAAAUGCGCAUGAAUGACAUCAAUGCCACCAGGGCCGAGUUACGGCAGACCACAGACCCAGAGAAGGCCCUGAAGCUGCGCCGUCUCCUGCAGAGGCUGAACGAGCAGCACAAGGCCAGCAGAAUGAAGAAGACGGAGAGAAUGGAGAUGGAGAAACAGAAGAAACAGGCUGAAAAAGAAGUUAGCGAAGGAAAACAGCCUUACUAUAAAAAUAAAUCUGAAAAACGCGUCGAAGCCCUAGUGUCCCAAUUCGAGGAGCUCCGCAAAGAGGGCGCCAACCGCGUCCAGAGACACAUCAAGCGACGCCAGCAGAAGGUCAAGCGGCGCUCACACAAGGCCCCGACCGGCGUCAGCUGAUUCCCUAUCAUUGCCACAUUGUCCACUAUCUUGUACAGAUAUAAAUAAACAUACCCUUCUAAGUC